AAAGAGAUAGCUAGGUGAAAAUCCACGAUAUAGUGAGGGCGCAAUAGCUGAACCGGGAUAUAGCGGGGGAUCACUGUAUUAUUAUAUUUUGACUAGCAAGAAAUUCAAGUAGGUACGUAGAUACGGUUACUCAGUUUUACGAUCCCCAGUCUAGGGUUGGGGAUCGUCAGAAAAAUAAAUAGGGAAAGGACAAGGGAAUGACAAGACAAAACGGGGACGGAAAAGGGAACACGAUACACAAAUUACGUAACAGUUAAGUAUGCAAAACAUGGAAAAACGAAUAAGACAUAAAACAGGAAACGCUAUCUCACAACAUUAAACUAGGUUCCUAGAUAAAUACUCAAAGACCAAACUUCUACUUAAACAUCUAAUAGGAUUUAACAUAAAUACAAAAUUCUGAACCAUCUGAUAAGUAUGGGUUUCCCGACGCAAACAGGUUCAGCAGGCUGACACCGGAGGCUUCCUGGCAGGUUGCUGGGUGUGGCAGGUUGCUUGGGCGUAACACAUUUUUUUCCGUAAUAGUUGCCCUUUAAACUUCGGGCUUGCUUUUCAAAUGACACAAAGCAGUGAAAGGAGGAAGUUCUAUUCAAAGGAAACCCAAGAUGGAUUUUGAUUUGUCUUCAGCUGUGUCUAAAGAUGAACAGGUUACACGUGAGACUGGCCAAGAAGUAAAUGCAUUUUUUGGAAUUGGGAAAAAAGACAAAGAAAAGACUAAGGACCAUAGCAAAGAACACAAGAAAUGUGAGAAAAAGGAGAGUGGUGAAUGCCAUAAGAAGAAAAAAGACAAGAAACAUAAGAAAGAUGGACAUGAGUCUGAUUCUUCCUCAUCAUCCUCCAGUGACGGAGGAAAGGGGAAGAAAGAAAAGAAACACAAGAACAAACACUAGUAACUGUACUAGUAAGAGUAACUGAGCAGAGAAGAUUCUCUAAAUUCUAUUCAUAUGUUAGUCAUCGCUGUGUCUUACCAUUUGUACUGUAAACUACUGUUGCCCGGUAGGGACUUUGUUGAAAACUUCUGUCUGAUCAGGUGAUUAUAAUUUUGAUUUCUGCUUACAGCCACCAGCAUAGAAUAUAUACACGUCUCUACUAAUCAUUCCACCAUCUAUGAGAAUAGAGAGUUCUGUUAGAGACAGACAUGGAGCUUUCUGGAAGGAUCCACACAAAGGAAAUCACAGGGCACCACUUCUGGUAAUUGGGACUGACAGAGUAAUUGAAGAGAAGUUAUAUUUGAAGACUAUGUACCUACAUUGUUGAUUCCCUGUUGCCAGUGUAGACUGUAUGCUGUCUGUCAAUGAAGAAUAAAGCCAGCAGUUGUAAUGACUACGAAAGCUUUAGUCUUCAUCAGUGCAAUUUACUUAUUUUUCUUUGUAUUACUACUUUCACUAUUUUCAGUUUUAGACUGAAUUGGUGCAAUAAACAAGUCAAAGGAACUUUCUUGGUUUGGAUGACUAGGAAAUAAGUUAGUUGCCUGUCCGAUUAUACAAUAUAUAUGGAGGACAGAAGACAUAUCAACCAAUAUCACCCCAUUUACCCUGGUGAAGGUCGCAGUUAUCACAUAUUCAAAUAUUGCUAUUUCCCUCCUUGCUUCAAAAAAAAUAUUCUUACUUAUUUUACAUGGGGGAGAGUGUUUUUCAAGUGUGUAAAUUUGGGUAUGAACAGUAGGGACAUGUCCCUACCAAUACUGUGGGAGGGGGGUUGGGGGCUGAUUUGGUCCCUGCCAAUGUUAAAACCAAAUCGAUGCCCUUCUGGUUCCCUCCCCCCCAAUUUUGCACGAAGUCCUACAGUCAACAACAGAUCUGGCUAGUAUGGUUAUUUUAAAAUUAAUCUCUAAAGUGAAAUUUAUUUUGGUUCCUGGACUUAUUCACUUAGUUCAAGAGUAAAGUUGAUAGCAGUUUUAUUAAUUGAAGAAUAUUAUAUUAACAGUAUAGUGAUUUUUUUUGUUUGUUUUGUUUUUAUUACUGUUUUUUCUAAUAUGGGUGUCUGAGGGGAAUGGAUACCCUGGUAUAUCGACGGGGGCCCUUGAAUAUCUAAAAAUGUACAUAAAAUUGGGACAGGGUGAGUAAAGUGGCAUUUUGUCAGAGCCCCCAGAAUUUCUAGGUAUUGCCCCUGUCUGUUUGUAAAGACCAAACCAACUGACAUCGAAUUACUGUAAUGGUAAAGAUGCUCAGAGGUGUGUAGACAGGAUACAGCAAUUUACAUUUUGGUGACACACUUGACAUGAGGGGAUAACGAGGCAGAAAUUAACUAAACACAAGCAAACCAGAAAUAAUUAGACUGACCAGGAAUAGAAUAAAAAUGCAUUAAAACACAGAAAGUGAGUCGCUCGAUGUAUCUCAAACGAAUCCAUUCCAAAUAACAUGUAACAUUUGUUUUGGAAAGACCAAGCAUAAUAAUACUCUAACAUGCUCCAUACAUUUGUGCUAGAAGUAGUGGUAAUACUGUAGUACUAGCAUCAGUAGCAGUAGGAAUGUAGCACUUUAUUUUUGUACAAGAAAAAUUAAGUAAUGUGUCCUGUAUUCAAAUAAGCUGCUGUCAUAAUUUACCCAUAGUCGGCCUACAUAGGCCUAUACAGAAUUUUUCUAGUUGUGCAAUAUUGCACAUUAUUCACCUAAGCAUUUAUAUAACGUGAGAGAAUAUUGUUUCCAGAAGAGGGCAGAGUUUCCCAAUUUUCUAUUCAGCGUCACGAGUUGCCGAGCAACAGGCCCGACACAGUAUUACAAAUGGGACGCUAAACCCAAGCGUGCAGGCUAAUGAAAAUCCCCAAGCGGAGAAAGACGGACACGGCACAGCGAGCAAUGCCGCCACGGCCAAUGGCCUGUAAAGUAACUUCAGCUUUUCGGCAUAGAUUAUUAGAGGAAGCGUCAACGUAAAUAAAAGAAAAAGAAGAAUGUCGAAAAAAACUGCCGUUAAAAUGUCCAACAAACAAAUGUUAAGGACUCCCGAUAAUUAAGUUUUAUUACUAAGUGAAGCAAGUGUGGUACUCUUUCUUUUCUGUCAGUACAAUUCGGUAGUUUUAAGUGGAUAUUAACUGUAGUAACUAUCAACUCGUGGAUUUAAGUACAACUGAUUAAUAUAAAUAUAUACUGUUGUCCUUCUAAAACGGCUUUCCGCGCUAAGAAUGAUGAAAUUCCUCAGCUCUGAUUUAUGGAUUCCUUGGGUAGUACUGCUUUGUAUGGAAGGUGUAAAACCACUGGAGGUGACAGUAAGUCAGGCGAAUGUCCGCGUGGCAAGGGGACAAACAGCCACUUUGUCCUGCACCUUCACAACUAGUGCAGCCCUAACAAACCUCAACAUCAUCUGGAUGGUUAUACCACUGUCCAAUGCCAACCAGCCAGAGCAGGUUAUCAUCUACCAGGGUGGACAGGUAUUCAGUUUAGCCAACCAGUUAAGUGGUCGUGUGGGUUUUGCUGCCAUCAUGCCUAGCACAAGUGCCUCUAUCUUCAUCAACAACACACAGCUCUCUGACACAGGGACAUACCAGUGCCUGGUCAACAACCUCCCUGACAGAGGAGCUCGCAACAUUGGGGUGAUUGGGCUCACUGUCCUGGUGCCGCCCUCCAUUCCCCAUUGCCGCAUCCAAGGCAGCCUAGACGUGGGGAGUGACAUUGUGCUAAUGUGUGGCUCAGAAGAAGGGAUCCCCACGCCCACGUACGCGUGGGAGAAGCUGGAGUCUGUGUCCAAGCUGCCCAGCUCUGCCAUGCAAGACCAGAUACAUGGAACAGUUUCCAUGCGGAACAUCAGCACAAGCACCUCGGGUCUGUACCAGUGCACUGCCUCCAACGCCAUUGGGAAGAGCACAUGUCUGCUGAAUUUGCAGGUGGCCUCUCAGUCGGAGAAUGUCGGCCUUAUUGCUGGUACCAUCGCUACGAGUAUUCUAGCUGUCCUGAUGUGCUCCUUCUUGGUGGUGGUCACUCUCGUCUGUAUGAAGAAAAAGAAUAAAUAUGAAGAAGAAGAGAUCGCCAAUGAAAUCAGGCUGCUGGAAGAUGAGUGUGUAUGUGGGGGUGGCAUACAACAGGCUCAGGGUCCUGUUCUCUCUAAUUGCACUGUCCACAAACUGGAAAAAGUUGGUGAGAGUGGAGGAGUGGUCUGUGGACGCUGUGGGGUAUUAUACAGGGAAGAUGACCUCCCACCCAAGCGGUCCUCAUCGGUAAAGGCGUUCCAAGCUGACGCCUCAUCAUCAGGGAACGACACCCUAACGUCAACCAACACCUACAACAGCCGCUACUGGCACAAUCCCAGGCCAAAAUACAGCACAAACUCAUACACGCGAUACACCGGCGAUUCCAACCAGAACUUCUCAUCCAGCCCCCCCACCUGCACCAACGGCAGCCAUACUCUUCCUCCACCCAAGACUCUGGUAGUUACCUCUAACUUGGCACCCUCCCCAUCUGCUACACUGCACAGAAACGGCUCCGUCAACACGAAGCAGGGCCUGGCCCAGGGCAAGCCUGCUCACCCCCUUGCUGUAGGCCAGGCCACACUGGAGCGCAUGGGUGCCGUCCCAGUCAUGCUUCCAGCACAAAGCAGGGCUGGCUCCUUGGUCUGAGGCAGUGGGCUCGGCGUUCUUCUUUCUACCGUCACUGCUGUGUUAUGUGAAGCACUGCGCUCUCCAGCUGAAGGAAUCCCACCGUUCUGCCGCUUCCUGGGCCUUUUUGGUGCUGAGCCUGGCCAGUGCUGCAGUCCCUCUGCUCUCUGCUUAGAACUGAAUUUUAGAACUUAGAAGCUUGUCUCAUGCCAACGAUUUUUUUAAAGCAACACUUUCUGAUUUUGAAUGUUUUGUUUACAUUUUUUCAAAGGUAUAAAAAGUUUUCUGCCACAAGAUGGAUGAUAUAGCUGUCAGUUAAAGUAAACAGAGCAUUGAAAACCUAGUUAGAGAGAUUAACUUUAAAGGUUCAGAAUUGCAUAUUAUAACUUUAGAUACAAUGUAUUUAGAUUACGUUACAGGAAACUCAGAAUAUCUAUGUGCUGUGCAUCUGUCCAUCCAAUUACCACCCCCGCCCCUAUUCUAGUCUGUGUCACAGGGGGUGGGGGAUUGAGCUUAACCCAGGCAGCGUAGGGCAGAACGCUGGGUGGGAUGCCAGUUUUUGCUGUGCAUUUCCAGUUAUAAUAAUUAUGAUGGAAAAGCGCAUUUUUCAAUUCCCUCCAGAGGUCUUAAAUACACAUUUUAAAUUCCUAAGAUGAAAAUUCCCUUAGGAAAUGAAAGACGUGAUCCUAUGAUGUGUUUAUUUGCUGUAAAUAAUGCAUAUUUUAUUAUAAAAUAUUUUUUAAAUGUAAAACGGUAGAUGGUGGUGCACUUACGACGGUGCUGAAGGCUAGUAUAUAAUGCUGAGGUAACAACUUUAUAGAUACCUGCAAAAAAUUUUUAAUCCCUGUAGCUGCAGUUCUCAGGUUCUCAGGAGAGACAAAUUCCUGCCAUUACACAUGUUAGAAUUAUUUGGUUUCACACUACAGGAAAUGUCAGUAAUGUCGUUCUUUUGAUCAUAAAAUGGUUCUUAUAUUUCAUCCACUUACAAAUGUUCCAACUGUCAAGCUUACAACAUAUAGUUGUUAUAUAAAGUAUUAUUUAGACAAAUCUAAUAUAUUUUAUACAUUUUUUUUUAGAUUUAAAGCCACAGUAAAACAAUACGUAGAUAAAACGAUACCUUUUAGUAUGUUGUUCCACAUGAAAACCCUGAACCAAAGCCCUUCACUGUUUUGCAACAUGCCUUGUUUUCUUAUUGUCAAUGGGUUUUGCAUAAGCACAAAAAUUUUAAAAAAGGUCAUCCUCAUGUUCAUCAUAAAUUAUAGACUUCAAUGUCACGUCAUUUAAACUGUGAUUAUUUUAUUGAUAAAAUCUCUUUUUGUAGCAUAAUAAUAGAGAUACAUAAUAUGGUCACUUUUCAUGUAAAAAAGCAGAUCACCUGUUAAUGGUCUGUUUUAUUAAUGAUUAAAUAAAUAAAUAAUGUCAAAGAAAUCAAUUAAUUCACACUUGGGUAUUUUGCAGUUUUUUUUAGAUGCAUUUUAGAUGUACUAAACAUUUUAAAUUUAAUUAUUAACAAACAAGUUAAAGUGGUUUCACACAGUAAUAUUUCUAUUUACUUGUAAUUGUGACAUGUCAUUAUAAUAUAAAUUGAUUGUACACCUUAUACACUAUGAUUGUGCCUUGAGCCUCUACAGUAACAAUAAUGCCAAUUUGGCAAUAGAAAUCAUUUUGGUAUUGCAUCAAAUAAUGUAUUGCUUCUUUGCUGUCUUUAUUAAACCCUUUUGCUUUGUGUUUUCCUUCAUCAGUUUAUAAAAUGGAUCAUUUAUAGAUAUGCAGUCAGGUUUUGUCAGAUGCCCAUGUAAGAUUUAGCAAUAUUUACUGUUAAGGAAGUCAGGGAAUGCAAUUCAGUGAACGUAUGUGAAAUGACCUAUUGGCUUUCUUGGGAAGAUUGGUCCUAAAACCUGUAUGCCAUCUGGAUCUACAGAAGAUGUUUGACAAUGUUGUGCCAGUAAAGAUCUACUUUUUGAAAUAUUUA